AUACGGAAAGAGCUCAGGUUGAUAUUAACCUUGCGUUGAUGCUACUGGCGAUAAAGAGUGCGAUUGUAUUGCCAAUCCUUUCCCCAUCCAGUCCGAAAGCCCGGUCUGCUCCCUGAUGCCGGACUGCCAGUGAGGUCGGUACAGAAGCCAGACAAGAGGUUGUGAACUUUGUGGCCGUAAACCAGUUCUUCAGAAUGGCAGCCGACUUCUGGGCGGGCUACAUCUCGGGCGCGGCGGGGAUAAUUAUCGGCAACCCUCUAGACGUGCUCAAAGUGCGGCUACAAGCUUCUAGUUCUGCCUCGGCACCACCAACAUCACCAACAACAACAACAACCCCUUACACCACCUCUACCACCCCUUCCCUCCAACCGACAACCCCAAAGCCCAAAAAUCCAGGCCGCAUCUUCCUCCUGGGCACCGCCGCGCCCGUGCUCACCUACGGUGCGCUCAACGCAUUGCUAUUCGUAUCCUACAACCGCACUGAGCGGCUGCUCAACGACAUCAUCUUCACCCCAUCUAAUCCAGCAUCACCAUCAUCUUCAUCAGGAGGACCGGGGACAAGCCUCUGCGCGACCUGGCUGGCCGGCGCGGCGGGCGGGCUCGCAACGUGGGUCGUCUCGACGCCGACCGAGCUGGUCAAAUGCCGCGCCCAACUCCUCGAGCCGCCGCCGCCAAGUAUCGUCCCAUCCAUGAGCAGGAGCAGCAGCAGUAGCAGUAGUAGUUUGUCUCUAUCCUCGUCCUCCUCAUGGCGGAUCGCCAAGCAGGUGCUACAAACCGAGGGGGUACGGGGCCUGUACUUUGGCGGUGCAGUCACGGCGCUGCGCGACAGUGUCGGGUACGGCUUUUACUUCUGGGCCUACGAGCUCGCUAGUCGGUGGUGGUUGACCGCUGCUGCUGCUAACCAUGCCGCAUCGGGGGGAGUGGGAGCUGGGUGGCUGGACGGGGAGGCUGCGCGGGUGUUGCUAUGUGGCGGCCUGGCGGGCGUCGUCACCUGGGCCAGUGUCUUCCCGCUGGACGUCAUUAAGACCCGGGUGCAGACACAGACACAGACUACACUAGAGGGAGGGCCGUUUGGGGAAAGGCGGGCAUUAUUACCGGGGGGUGAUGGGCAGCCACAGGAGCAGGACGGGAGCGGGAGGAGAAAGAAAAUGCCUGGUGCCUGGGAGGUGGCCAAGGAGACCUACCGGGAGGGCGGCAUCAAGCCCUUCUUCAGGGGUCUCGGGGUCUGCAGCGUCAGGGCCUUCAUCGUGAAUGCGGUGCAGUGGGCCGUGUACGAGUGGAUCAUGACUGAGCUCGGGCAGGGUCGGAGAAGGGGGGAUGCUAGUGGCAGUCCUGCUGCUGCUGUUGCUGCUGGGGAGUUUGGGGUUGAUGCUGGGUAGACUAGAACAAUGAUAGAAGGGAAUCAAGAAUCAAAAUAGAGAAGUUGAA